AGAUCAAGUAUUUGUUUAGCAAAUCCACCACUACUACUCACACGAUGGUUUGUGGCUACGGAAACUGCUGCAGCCCCUGUGGCUACGGAGGAUGGGGAGGAUCCCGAGGAUACGGCAGCGGGUGCUGUAGCCCUUGUGGCUAUGGCGGCUAUGGAGGUUACGGAGGCUACGGCGGCUAUGGAGGCUACGGCGGUUACGGAGGCUACGGCGGCUAUGGAGGCUACGGCGGUUAUGGAGGCUACGGCGGCAACUGCUGCGGCAGCAGAUGUUGUGGUGGUUAUGGCGGCUAUGGAGGUUACGGCGGCUACGGUGGCAACUGCUGCAGCAGCAGAUCUUCUCCUAACCUGGAACAGCUCCUCUCAUCUUCUUCACCUCAGAGAUUUGGAACUUCCACCCUCACCGCUAAGAUGGUCUCUGGAAGCAGUUGUGGUUUCACCUGCGAGUCUCAAUGCCCCCCUCACCAUGUGGGCAUCCAGCCGCCCCCUUUCUGCAUCACUGUCCCAGGGCCCAUCAUGAGCUGUGCCAACGAUUCAUGUGCCGUGUCAACUGAUGCACCUUGCUGCGGCUAUGGAGGCUAUGGGGGCUACGGCGGAGGCUGGGGUGGCUUUGGCGGCUUUGGCGGUUACGGCGGUUACGGAGGUUACGGCGGUUACGGCGGUUACGGCAGCUAUGGUGGCCGGGGAUGUGGAUUCGGACCGCGUUGUGCCGGAGGCUAUGGAGUCUGUGGAUGGUGA